AUGUCAUUGCGCAAAUUCUGGCUUACGCGUUCCCUCCAAUUCCGACGGCCGCCUACACCAAGAACUUUACCCACAAUCCUCCCGGCUGAUGUCCUUAUAGAAGAGGAGAGGAUUCCUGGCUACAACCCGAAGAAUUUCUACCCAGUGAACCCAGGGGAUCUCCUUAACAACAGAUAUAGAAUCCUGAGCAAAAUUGGAUGGGGCACUACUUCUACCGUAUGGUUAGCUCAAGAUACUCAACGGUGGUGCUGGAACUCUAAACGCUAUGUGGCUCUAAAAAUUGCCGUCUCCGGGUAUACCGAUGAAGAUGUAGCAAAGCAUGAGCGAGAUAUAUCUCGGUCCCUUGAGACGAAUCCAUCGCACAAUGGCUUCCCUUUUGUGAGGAUUAUGCUCGAUAAUUUUGAAGCUACCGGGCCAGAUGGGAAUAAACACAUAUGCUUAGUCUAUGAGCCAAUGAGAGAGCCCCUUUGGCUACUUCAACAACGCAUGCCGAACGGUAAAAUCCCGGCACCGCUUCUCAAAGUGUACUUAGGAAUCUUCUUACAAGCUCUGGAUUAUCUUCAUUCUGAAUGUCACAUCAUUCACACAGAUCUCAAAAUGGACAACAUCUUAGUAGGAUUUGAGGACCCGUCUGUGAUCGAAGAAUACGUCGAAAGACAAGCCAACAAUCCUAUGCCUCGGAAGGUCAAGAAUGGCAGAUCGAUAUAUUUAUCGCACAAUGACUUUGGGCCAAUGAAGUCAUUCCGUGUUUUGCCGAAGAUAGGAGACUUCGGUUUAGCUGUAGCACAAUCAGGGGAUAGUUCGGAACCUUUGAGAUACCCUAUUCAACCACCUCUUUUCCAUGCUCCAGAAGUCCUAUUAGGCACAGGUUGGACCUACAGUGUUGACAUUUGGAACCUCGGGGUAUUGAUUUGGAAUAUGAUAGAAGGCAAGGAUUUGUUUCAACAUAUCCGUUCAAUCCAAGGGGAUUACGAUGUUCGCGCACACCUCGCAGAAAUGAUUGCAUUACUAGGUCCUCCACCGAAAGAGCUUCUUGAUCGAGAAAAGUUGUGGAGCGACGUCAAAUGGGACCACGCUGUUGAGAAUCCAGAUGGCAAGCUUUGUCAAACCGCCCGCGAGUAUUUUGGAGGACCUUUCUUUAACUCUGAAGGCGAGUUCAUGUAUAAGGACUUAAUUCCGGAUGUUAGCUUAGAGGGUUCGGUCCUUUCUCUUGAAGGAGAAGAGAAACAGCUUUUCCUUAAUUUCGCAAGGAAGAUGCUUCAGUGGUUACCAGAACACCGAAAGACCGCCAAGGAGCUCCUCGAAGAUCCAUGGCUGGUUCUGUAA